CUGAAGACACUGCUGUGUAGAUCUCAGCGCGCAAAUGUAUUUUCUAAUGUUUAUAAACUUUCCUAGUUUAAAUUUUAUUUAAAAAAUACCGGUCUUUAGAAACAGCGGGACUGAAGGUCAUUGCGACGUUGUGGAGUUUAAGGAACCGAACAAGAACUAGAGACUAUAAUGGUCCUUAGCCAAAUGGAUGCCGGUAAAGCUUUGACGGCGGCGGCAGCCAACGGGAGCACGAGCGAGGUGCUGCGGAUCCUGGAGGAAUGCAGAGUGCACCCGGACACGCUCAAUGAAUUCGGGAGGACUGCGCUACAGGUGAUGAUGAUGGGGAACUCCAAGAUCGCCGGUUUGCUUUUGGAAAAAGGAGCCGACCCCAACGUCCAGGACAAACACGGCAUAGCGCCUGUCCACGAUGCGGCCCGGACCGGAUUCCCGGACACCGUGCGGGUUCUGGUGGAGUACGGCGCUUCGGUGAACCUCCCGGACCAGAGCGGCGCCCUGCCCAUCCACAUUGCCAUCAGGGAAGGCCACCGGGGUGUUGUGGAGUUCUUGGCGCCGCUCUCUGACCUGAAGCACGCCAACGUAAGUGGUCAGACGGCGAUAGAUGUGGCCCGGGCCUCGUGUGUGCCCGAUAUCAUGGACUUGCUUUUUGCUCACAUUCAUAGUUAGUCAGAAGUGUGGGGGCCUUCUGGAUAACCCUGAUCCAACUUUGAUUCGGCUUCAAACCUGGUCACUUGAAUUCAUUGCUGUGUAAAGGAUUAAUUGUUUUGUUACUAGGGGAUCGGCAUUAAUAUGUGACGAGGGACAUAUUGUCCUGGCAGCUUAUUUUCAGUGGAUGGGUGGCUAUAUACAGUAGACACCUCUUUUGCACAGUGCAAUUUAGGCACCUUAUAUAUCCAUUUUCCCUUUUUAAUUGGGAGUGCACAUUUGAAGAUCGUUUCCCUAGUGUUUUGUAAUUUUUGCAUUCAUUUCCAUUGUGAAACAGUUUAAACCUUUUGUGUUUUUAAACACUUUUACAAAACUUGAUGUGGUGCACCCUGAUUGCUUUUCAUAGUUUUGUUUCUCAUUAGAUGUACUUAGACUUUGGAUUUACUCUUAUUUAUUGUUGGAAUAUAACUGAAUAUUCCUGUGACUUUGUAAAUAGCAACAUUUAUUGUGGUUUGUUAAAAUGUUAUUUAUAUAAAUAAUUUUAAAACAAAAGUGAGAUUAUUCACUUUGGUAUUUGAAGAGCAAACACAGAAUAAAGUGAACUUGAAGUCUUGAAUCCCAUCUUUUUUUUAUAUUCCUAAACCGUGAUGUGUAAGUUGUGAAUUAGACUAAUGGAACUCAAAGCAUCACCAUGGAAUGAGUUUCCCAAACCUCAUGAUCGGGGUCAUGAUUGAUAAGAAAGAUGACAACCCUGUUCUCUGACAAAUGUGUUUAAUUAGCUAUUUUUUUCUUUG